CGCUCAACUCCGUUGAAGGCCUAACAAUGAUGUCUCUACAAGAAGAGGUUUGAUAUAUAAGUGCUCAGGAUGAUCCAACAUUACUCCGCAUUCCAUCCCCACAGUUCACCUUCACAUCAAGACCUCAUCCACCGACCUACCCUAUACCUUUUGUUCCAACAAACACAACUACAGAGCCAUCGACAUGGCUCCUCGACAGUCUCUCGACAAACCUCACCUCGACAUGGCUCUCCCUGACAAGAGCCACAUCGAGCAAAUCGAAAGUGUCGAAAAUUUCGAAGAUGAUUCAAUCGAAACCCUCGAUGUCUCUUGGUUCGUCUGGCUCGUUGCAAUCACAGCCUCGAUCGCAGGUGGAUUGUUUGGCUACGACACAGGAAUUAUUAGUGCUAUCCUGGUAUCGCUAGGCACUAGUCUUGAUGGUCGCGAAACAACUUCCAACGAGAAGGAGUUGAUCACAAGUCUCUGCUCGGGCGGAGCAUUUUUUGGGUGUAUAAUUUCAGGAUUGACUGCCGAUAAGUUCGGGCGCAAAGGAGCCAUAUAUGCUGCAUGCGUACUGUUCUUCGCCGGCUCAAUUCUCCAGGCUUCUUCAUACAGUAUCGCUCAGAUGGCCGUCGGUCGUUUGGUGGUUGGCUUUGGUGUUGGCAGUGCCAGUGCUGUCGUACCCAUGUACCUUGCUGAAAUUGCUCCCACUAAGGUCAGAGGGCGACUUAUGGGUCUCAACAACAUGUCCAUUACUGGUGGACAAGUCCUCUCGUACGGGAUCGGAGCUGCGUUCAAUCACGUCUCCCACGGUUGGAGGUACAUGGCUGGCUUGGGUGCAUUGCCCCCACUCAUACUUGUGUGCCUUCUUCCUUACUGCCCAGAAUCACCUCGUCAGCUCAUUUACCACAACAAGCUUGAAGAGGCAGAGGUUGUUAUCAGAAACAUAUACAAGGGCGCUUCAGAGCUGCAGAUUCGCAACAAGGUCGCACUCAUCAACCAGUCGUGCGAGCUCUCCAAGGAGAUCAACGAGUUCGAGACCCGCUGGGCCAAGAUCAAGCGACUUCACCAAGGCUCCAACUUUCGCGCACUGCUUGUUGCCUGUGGUCUCGCUUUCAUCGCUCAAAUGAGUGGCUUUAACACAUUGAUGUACUACUCAUCGACUCUUUUUGCUCUGGUCGGAUUUUCCAAUCCCGUUGCUGUUGGUCUCGUUGUCGCCGGCACCAACUUCGUUAUGACCUGGGUUAACAUGAUGAUCGUCGAUCCAUUUGGUCGCCGUAAGCUUCUGGUCUACACUGCCUGGGGAAUGUCUGCUGGUCUCGUGGCUGUCGCUAUCGCCUUCUCCUUCAUACCCAUUGACCACAAGACCCUUGAACUCGAGAAUACAACCGUCACGCCUCCCGCCAUCGUCGUGCUUGUGUUCAUCAUCUGGUUCGUAUUCUUCUACGGAGUCUCCGUUGGAAAUACUGCCUGGAUGUCGACCGAUUUCUUCCCAAUGGAUGUUAGAGCUAUGGGAACCAUGUGGUCUAGUUGUACCACCUGGGGCAGCAAUGUGGUGGUAUCAAGUACCUUCUUGUCGAUGAUGAAAGCUUUUACACCAUCCGGAGCUUUUGGAUUUUAUGCUGGAAUUUGCUUCUUCGGCUGGAUCUUAAUCAUUCUCUGCUACCCCGAGGUUUCCGGACUCACACUGGAGGAGGUUCAAGAUGUCUUCUCCCAUGGCUUUGGUGUCAGAUAUGCCAGUAAACUCAGAAGGGAAAGGAAGCUUGCUGCCCAACAGCCUGACAACGAGAAGAUUUGAAUAUAGCAAGUUGCCACAAACAAGCAGGAAAUCCAGCCAACAGAAGCAAGAGCGACCAGUUGCUUCCAUCAUGUAUACAGAGAACACAGACCCUGGCAGGAUCCAAGUGGUGGCUUUGAUGAUGAUGAUGAUGAUGAUGAGGAGAUAUGUAAAGGCAUGAUUAAGUGGUCGCGUUUAGGGAAUUAUCUUCAUUUGUCAGGAGCAGUUGUGUAUGGUGCCUUUGAUGUGACAUCUGCGUGUUCUCCUCAUGACACGUACAGCUGCAUGGAUCCAGAGUGGAAUUCAGACUUCUGCAGAGAGUUGGGAUGAAACCGACUCUCGAUGGAAGCUGCUCUGGCUUUCGAAGCUGCCUUGAUACAGCUCAAUGACACGCAUCAAUCUCUAGCAAUCAAGACAUGACUACCACUCUUCAGCUCUUGCAAGUCUGUGCUCGAGAUUCCUCAGUUGGUUUUCUCGCAAAACUUGUUCCAGUUAUCGG